UCCAAAAAAGCAAAUGGGCUGCCUCCUCAGAGGGUCUAGCUCUGUGCGAGGUGCUCGCCCCGUAUCUGCCAUGCAAAACGAGGGAGCUUUAUGAAGGAAUCCGUCUUGUAAAGCCAUUGGUCCUGGUCAUCAGCCUCUACCCAAUGCUUUCGUGAUGCUGCCGCUGAUCUAUUUGGGAAGUUGGCUGGCUGGUGAGGCAGAGCCUCUCCUCAAAGCCUGGCUCCCACGGAAAAUAUGCUCAGUGCGGCCGCGUGCAUGAAUGAAAACGCCGCCGGGAGCUUCUAGUCGGGCAAAAUGCAGCCUAGAACUCCGUUCGUCCUGUGCGUUCUCCUGUCCCAGGUGCUGCUGCUAACAUCUGCAGAAGAUUUGGACUGCGUUCCUGGAUUUCAGCAGAAAGUAUUCCGUAUCAAUCAACCAGCUGAAUUCAUUGAGGACCAGAAGAUUCUAAACCUGAACUUCAGUGAUUGUAAGGGAAAUGACAAGCUGCACUAUGAAGUCUCAAGCCCAUACUUCAGGGUGAACAAUGAAGGUGGUUUAGUCGCCCUGAGAAACAUAACAGCGGUGGGCAAGACUCUGUUCAUCCACGCCCGGACACCCCAUGUGGACGACAUGGCAGAACUCGUGAUUGUCGGGGGGAAAGACAUCCAGGGCCCCUUGCAGGAUAUAUUUAAAUUUGCAAGAACUUCUCCCGUCCCAAGACAAAAGAGGUCCAUUGUGGUAUCUCCCAUUUUAAUUCCAGAGAAUCAGAGACAACCUUUCCCAAGAGAUGUUGGCAAGGUAGUUGACAGUGACAGACCAGAAGGGUCCAAGUUCCGGCUCACUGGAAAGGGAGUGGAUCAAGAGCCUAAAGGAAUUUUCAGAAUCAAUGAGAACACGGGUAGCGUCUCUGUGACACGGAACUUGGACAGAGAAAUGUUUGCUACUUAUCAACUAUUUGUGGAGACCACUGAUGUCAAUGGCAGAACUCUCGAGGGGCCGGUCCCACUGGAAGUCAUUGUGAUUGAUCAGAAUGACAACAGACCAAUCUUUCAAGAAGGCCCCUACAUUGGCCAUGUCAUGGAAGGAUCACCUACAGGGACCACGGUGAUGCGGAUGACAGCCUUUGAUGCAGAUGACCCAGCCACAGAUAAUGCCCUCCUGCGGUAUAAUAUCCGUCAGCAGACACCUGACAAGCCAUCUCCCAACAUGUUCUACAUCGAUCCUGAGAAAGGAGACAUUGUCACCGUCGUGUCACCUGCACUGCUGGACCGGGAGACUCUGGAAAAUCCCAAGUAUGAGUUGAUCGUCGAGGCUCAAGAUAUGGCUGGACUGAAUGUUGGAUUAAUAGGCACAGCCACAGCGACAAUCUUGAUUGAUGACAAAAACGAUCACUCGCCAAAAUUCACCAAGAAAGAGUUUCAAGCCACAGUCGAGGAAGGAGCUGUGGGAGUUAUUGUCAACUUGACAGUUGAAGACAAGGACGACCCUACCACAGGCGCGUGGAGGGCUGCCUACACCAUCAUCAAUGGAAACCCAGGGCAGAGCUUCGAAAUCCACACCAACCCUCAAACCAAUGAGGGGAUGCUUUCUGUCGUCAAGCCUCUAGACUAUGAGAUUUCUGCCUUUCACACCCUGCUGAUCAAAGUGGAAAACGAGGACCCGCUGGUACCCGAUGUCUCCUACGGCCCCAGCUCCACGGCGACCAUCCACAUCACUGUCCUGGAUGUCAACGAGGGUCCAGUUUUCUACCCCGACCCCAUGAUGGUGACCAGGCAGGAGAACAUCUCCGUGGGCAGUGUGCUGUUGACAGUGAAUGCCACAGACCCCGAUUCCCUGCAGCAUCAAACCAUCAGGUAUUCUGUUUACAAGGACCCAGCAGGCUGGCUGAAUAUUAACCCCAUCAACGGGACAGUUGAUACCACGGCUGUGCUGGACCGUGAGUCCCCAUUUGUCCACAACAGCGUGUACACCGCCCUCUUCCUGGCAAUCGACAGUGGCAACCCACCGGCUACCGGUACUGGAACUUUGCUGAUAACCUUGGAAGACGUGAAUGACAAUGCUCCCUUCAUUUACCCCACAGUAGCCGAAGUCUGCGAUGAUGCCAAAAACCUCAGUGUAGUCAUUUUGGGAGCGUCAGAUAAGGAUCUUCACCCAAAUACAGAUCCUUUCAAAUUUGAAAUCCAUAAACAAACUGUUCCUGAUAAAGUCUGGAAGAUCUCCAAGAUCAACAACACGCACGCCCUGGUAAGCCUCCUUCAAAAUCUGAACAAAGCAAACUACCACCUGCCCAUCAUCGUGACAGAUUCAGGGAAACCACCCAUGACGAACAUCACAGACCUCAGGGUACAAGUGUGUUCCUGCAAGAAUUCCAAAGUGGACUGCAACGCAGCGGGGGCUCUGCAUUUCAGCCUGGCCUCAGUCCUACUCAUCUCUCUCUUCAGUUUAGCUUGUCUGUGAGAACUCCUGACAUCUGAAGCUUGACUACCAAGUUUCCAUAGCAACAGGAAAAAAGGAAAAAAAAAAAAUCCAAAUCUGAAGAUUGCCGUUUACAGCUCUCGAACUUCACAACUAGGCCUCAAUUGCUCCAGAUUUUCAUUUUCUUUGCAAUUUCACUUAGUCUGUACUUCAUCAUUUUGACAGCAUCUUCCUUUCUCCUUUAAUUAAUGGAACCCUCUGAAUUUUCCCUGAAUGUUUAAAGAUCAUGGCAUAUAACUUGACCUUCUGGGAGCAGAAACAACGACUACUUUUUCUGAUGUGUCGCCAUGUUGCUAGUUAGCACUCCACACAUCCGGCUUUGUCUGUGGGUUACUAUUUGUAUAUGUAUGAGUAUCUGUAUGUGUAUAUACCCAGUAUUUAUAGAGAGAGAAUAUACAGGAGAAGCCUAGUUUUGAUAUGUUAUUCUUCCUUAAGAGGCUAAACAAAGAAGGGAUAGAAGCCACGACAGCUGACCCCUCCAGGGCCUCAGCAGCACAUUCAGCACUAACGCAGACCACAGCUGACGCUUCUCCACCAUCCCAUUCAGUCUGGACACUCAGUCUGGGCACUGCCACAACCAGCAGGCAGGUCCACAGAGAGGGAGAGCAGAGACAGAAGUCUUUUCUCUUUAGUCCGAGGACUAUAACCAGUUUUCACUGCCAAUCAUAUGCCAUGAUCCAGAGUGAAAGCGGCGAAGAGCAGAACAGGAAAUUUUACCAUCAAAUGCGGGAAAAAGGGCUGCAAUAUUCUUUCAUGGACACCUGUGUGCAUUUGUACGUGUCCUGAAUCCACAGUCCCGCUGGUUCUUAACGGGGACACAGAUCACAGCAGAGAAUCUCUCCCUCUCGGUAUAUGUACAAUUGCAAGUGUCAUCAUGGAGGUCACACAUGUAAAUGAUGAGGUCAACAGGUACCGUGUGUAUACAUAUAUAUGCCCACAUGUAUAGACAUACACUUAUGCACAUACACAUCAUUUGUUUCAUAUAUACAUGCAUAAGAUAGAGUAAAUACAGGUAGUUUUAAAAGUACCCUUUUGUGUGAAUUGACUACCGUUGUUUGCAAACCUAAAAAUAAAAGAUGUUCAUUAUGUAUGAAAAGUAAUUGAUUUUUAUUCCGUGAGCAUGUAAAAGUAAGAGGAAAGUUAGUGCUCGUACUAAGAUUAUCUUCUUGUUGAUAAACUGUAAAUGAACCGUCAAAGCUCACACCAAAUUUUUCUAUCAGAUAAAACUAGCGACAGCCUGUGGCUUUUUAUUAGAGUUCACCACAAACUAGGGUAAGGUAAGUGUCUUAGCAUAUUUUAAUGCAGUUGCUUACUAAAGGUUUUUAACCACGCGCGCACACACGCACACACACACACACACGCUUUCUUAUGCAAUCUAUGUUUGCAUCUGUGCUUUUCAGUUUGCCUUCUGUAGGAAGUAGAAGUCAUAUGUUGUCUUUAUUGUAGUAAAAUUAUGCCGAUAGAGUUCCAUAUAUUGUAUUUGUUUCAAUAGUAAAUCUUUUUGGAGCAUAUAGAAUGCAGACUUUUUUUUCCAUUAAAAUAAAUGGGUAUUGGUGGUUAAAA